AUGUUUAGAGCGCUCAUUCGCUGCAUUCGCAAGUUCCUGAGUCGCAUCAAGCCAAGGUCUUAUCAGCAGCGCAGGACAGAGAAUGGCGCCAAUAUCGACAUUGAGGAGGCGUUAGCGGAGCAGAUAGAGCUUCAAAGGCGCAGUGGCCGCGCGUUGUCCUCUACAGCCAGUAUUGCUGCUGCUCUACGCCAGCGACCGCGCAACAGCAUUCCAGUUUUUUCAACACAGUUAGGCUCUAAUGAACAGCGCGAACCUUCAGAUCCAGCAAUGAAAACGUCUGAUCAAGAGAUGCUGAGCCUUACUCCAGAAAAUGAUAGACAUUCAGACAAGAAGCUUGAGUCCACGGCAACAACGAAGUCGCCAGUCGUAAACAAGCGGGUACAUUCCAGUUGUGGCUCCUCGUUCGUCAAAAUCUCAGAGUCUGUACCCACUGAAGAUGCAGAGCCAGAGCACGAGGCGGAGACAAAAAACAGAGAAAAGGCAAUGGAGCAGCAGUCAGAGAUCAAUCCACGUCGUUCUUCAAUCUUCGACAUGCGGUCAGAGUGGAUUUGA